CUUUUUCCUUUAUAAGAGCCCAAAAAAACCAACCCCUCUCUCUCUAAGAUAAGAGAAACCAGAGCGCUCUCUCUCUACGUUUCCCCUUGAAAGCUCUCUGCGUGAAACUUCUGGUGGAAUUUUCCGGUAAGAUCUAUCGGUUUUCGUUUGUUGUUGUAUCUUUUACAGCCGGUAAUUUUGAUUUCGUUACUGCUUUUUUUGAUAUCUGGAAUCCAACGUUUUGGUACAGAUCUGUAUUUGUUAUUAGAUUCGUUUAAUUUUGUGUCCGUGAUUGGGCUAUUGAUAUCUGCUUAGGGUUUUGGGAUUGGAGUUUCUGAUUUGUUAUGAAUGUGGAGUUUUGGGGAGGGUCGGGAUUAGGGUUACAGGGGAGUAGGUAGUUAAUAUGGAGGGUGAUAUGAAUUAGGGAAUUUGUAGUUUAGGGAUUGAGAUGGAGGAUUGUGUAAGGGACAGGGAAGUUUCAGACAGGGGAGGCGAUGCUAGGCGGUCUUUUCCCAUGGCAUCAUCAAGGAUUGCGAAAAAUGAGUUCAAACCUAAGGUUUCGGUUGGCAGAGGUGGGAGUAAGUCAAUGGUUUUCGAGUCCAAGAAGGAGAAGAAGAGACGGAGGUUAAUUUUGAAUGACAGUGAUUCUGACCAUGACUUAUCUAGUCCAGAGAAAAUUGAUGCCAGUGAUGAUCAUAAAGCCGAUUUUGUCAAUAAUAAAAGAAUUAAGGUGAGUUCAAGAAUAUCUGCAUCAAGAGAAAUGGAGGAAAGGAGUGGGAUCGGUGUUUUGGGUGUUCCUGACAGGCAACAAAUGGUUGGAAUAGGGAAUAGGGAAGUUGAUCAAAGGGCAAAGUUACUUUCAAACAAGCAUGUCAAUAGGGAUGCAAGAGCUUUCCCUAAAAAACAUGGAGAUAUAAGAGCUUUUCUACACAGGGGAACUGAUAGCCCUGGUCAUGAAAAAAUUCAAAAUCCGAAAAGGAAAGAGGAUAAUUUUUUCGUUGCAGAAAAGAAGUCUAGGAUGGAGAUAGACAACGGGGUGAGAAUUGAGAGAAAUAAUGUUAUAUCAGAGAUGGAGAAUAGCAAGGAGAGCUUAUCUGUUGUGUCAGAGGGUUUAGGAAAUUGUAGAGAGGGAACUACAAAAGGAGAAAGCAUAGAACCUUCUGAUCAAAAUGGGCACAAAUGUGUGAAAUCUAUUCGGGUCAAGUUUGUUUCGGGAAAAACAAAAACGUAUUCUUCACCAUUAUGUGAUCCCAAGGACAAUCACAGCUCCACAUCUAUAAAUGUGAAAGAUAAUCCCAUUUUUUCGGGGAAAUCACCAACAUUGCUUUCUGAAAGGCCUUAUGAUCUUAAGGUGAAAAUUCAUUCUUCCCCAUUUAAGCCUGAGUUAAAACAAGGGGAUGUAUGUGUAAAUUUGGUAAAAUCAGUGGCACAAACCGAAAAGAACAUAAGGGGUAAUGUGAAUCCUUUUUCAGUCAAGGAGCGAGAAAGUGGUCCCUUUGAGAGGGACCAGAAAGGCAAUCAGAAGAUUGGAAAGAGAGAUACAAUUCCGCUCUUAGUGAAGAGGGAACAAGGAAGCAGUCCUCUUGAGAUGGAUCAACAGAGCAAUCAGAAGUUUAAGAAGGGAGAUGUUGUUCCUAUAUCAAUCAAGAAGGAACAACAAAGCGGCCGUUUUCAGAGGGAAGUGAAAAUCAAUCAGAAAAUGGGGGAGAGACAUGCGGUUCCUCUUGCCAUCAAGAAGGAACAAGGAAGUUGUCCUUAUGAGAGGCAACAAAAAAUCGAUCAGAAGAUUGGGAAGAGAGGUGCAGUUCCAUUUUCAGUCAAGAAGGAUCGAGAAAGUGCUCUCGGUGAAAGGGUACAGAAAACCAAUCAAAGGAUUGGGGAGAAGCAUGUGUUUCCUCCUUCAGUCGAGAUGGAAGGUGAAUGUGGUCCUGUUGAGAGGAAACAAAAAAGUGAUCAGAAGCUUGGAAAAAGAGAGCAGAAGCAGGCUUUGCGAGAUAGGAUUAUUGGCAUGCUUUUAUCAGCGGGGUGGAAAGUUGAGUUAAGGCCUCGUAGUAGCCGAAAGUAUGAGGAUCCAGUGUAUGUUUCUCCAACAGGAUCUGUUUAUUGGUCCAUCCCCAAUGCAUAUUAUGCACUCAUGAAUCGUUUAAAUGGAGAAAAUGGGAGUAUAGAUAUGAAAAGUCCUACAAGUCCGAAUGACAUGAAAUCCCCUGGAUGUGGUUCCUCCAUGUCUGGUGCUGUGCAUAUUGAGGAACUCAGCAUUCUGAAAAGGAAAACAAACAAGACACGCAAGAGACUCAGAAGACGUGAUGAUGGAGAACAAGCAACGGGGAGCAAAGUCUUAUCAAAUAUUGUACAUUCCAUGAAGGCCAAGGGUGGGAAAAGUGGAAGGGUUGCAAAAGGGGGAGCAAAAAACAAGAACCAAGUGAAUUUUGCAAAAGAUAAGGCAAUGGCAGGCGGAGUAAAGGAAAAUGGGUUUUUAGGUUUAAAUUCUAAAGGGGUACAUAAAAAUCAAACGAGUGGAAAGUUUCAGUUUUUGAAACCUGGUCAGUCUUUGAGCAAAGGGAUAAAGGAUGGCAAGAUUCAUAAUAUGGAUUUUAGACGGCUUGGUGAAGGGAAUAUUUCAAAGCAAAAAUCAAAUAAGAUGCUUGGAAGCCACAAAUUAUCGAAGACUAUGAGUUUUCCAAAGCUACAUUCCUCACUUGGCAGCCAUCUAAUGCAGGGACAGAAAAAGAAAAAUAGCAGAGGCUGUGCACUGAUGGUUCGCAAUCCUAAGAAGGGGGCAAAUCUUAAUCCUGAAGAGGUUUUUGUACCCUAUAAAGGGAAACGGACGAUUGUGUCGUGGCUCGUUGAUUCUGGGGUUGUGCUUCAGGAUCAAAAGGUUCAAUAUUGGAAUAAAAGACAUACCAAAGUACUGCUUAAUGGAUGGAUUACGAGAGAUGGGAUCUUAUGUGGUUGUUGUGAUAAAAUUCUCACAGUCUCGCAGUUUGAGGUUCAUGCCGGCAGCAAACCGCGUACCCCAUUUCAGAAUACAUAUUUGGGAUCGGGCAAGUCUCUGUUGCAAUGCCAACUAGAAGCAUGGGACACACAAAGUGAACAUGAAAGGCGUGAGGUUCACAUUGUGAAAGUGGACGAAAGCGAUACAAAUGAUGAUACUUGUGGGAUAUGUGGGGAUGGUGGGGAUUUGCUUUGCUGUGAUGGUUGUCCUUCAACCUACCACCAAUGCUGCCUGGCAAUAAAGGCACUUCCUUCUGGUGAUUGGCAUUGCCCAAAUUGUUUGUGCAGAUUUUGUGGGGCAAAUGGAGGUGAAGGGAAUCAACUGCUCUCAUGCGGCCAAUGUGAGAUGAAACUUCAUCAUGAGUGUGCUCAAGAAAGGAUUGCUACGUCGAGCUGUUUUGAUGGCCCUCUAAAUUCUUUUUGCAGCCAGGAUUGUAUGCAGCUUUAUGGAUGCCUAUGUGAUCUUCUUGGGGUACCAAAUGAUCUUGGAGGGGGUUUCUCUUGGACUCUUCUCCAGCGUUGUGGGGGAGAAAGAGAACCGUUAUCUGGUCUUGGAGUCGCACACAGAACGGAAUGCAAUUCUAAGAUUGCCAUUGCAUCAAGUAUAAUGGAUGAGUGCUUCUAUCCCAUAAUUGACCAGCGUUCAAGUAUUAACAUGAUCCAUAACAUUCUAUACAAUUGCGGGUCAAACUUUAACCGGUUAAAUUAUAGUGGCUUUUAUACCAUAGUGCUGGAGAAAGCUGAAGAAAUUAUUUCUGCUGCUUCCAUCAGGAUCCAUGGAACUAAGUUAGCUGAGAUGCCUCUCAUUGGAACUCGCCAUAUAUACAGACGCCAAGGGAUGUGCCGCCGACUUGUUAAUGUAGUUGAAUCGGUUCUUCGCUCUCUUAAUGUUGAAAAGCUUAUCAUACCUGCAAUAUCUGAACUUCUACAUACAUGGAGAGAGGGAUUUGGUUUUAAACCUUUGGAGGAAUCACAUAGGAAAGAGUUAAGGACCAUGAAUAUGAUGGUAUUCCCUGGCACUGAUCUAUUGCAGAAACAGCUACUGAAACAUGGUCCUGGAAAUGGAAAAUCUACAGAUACUACAGCUACUGAAUUUAAAUACAACCAGCAAGAUAUGUCCGAGAUUGUGAAUAAAUCGCAAGAUGCUUCUUCUGCUGAGUCAGAACUUCAUCCUUCUACUCCUGGUGGUGCAUUGGAUGGCUUUGAGGUUAUAAGCCGAUCAUUGGAAUUUGCUCCUAUUUGUUCUAUUAUUCAUACUUACUGUGAUUCUAUAGAGUCUGAUGUUGUUGACAUGAAUCACAAGGUUUCUGAUCAAUCUAUAGAGCGUAAUGUUGUUCAAUUAAAUCUUAAGGAUUCUGUUGAGGCUAAGGAUGCUUCUGUUGAAAGUCACUCUAUUUCCCAGGUGACAAAUAGUUCUAUUGGGGCUGAUGCUGUUGGAUUAAGUCACAAGGAUUCUGAUAGUUCUUCUGAAGCUGGUGUUGUUGAACUAAAUCACAAGGAUUUUGAUAGUUUUUCAGGGACUGGUGUUGCUGAAUUAAAUUGUGAGGAUUCUCAUGGGGCCCGGGCUAUUGGAUCGCAUGCUUCCGAGGUUAUCAAUGGGUCUGCUUCUGUUGAUGAUGUGACAGUUGCAGAACUUGCAUGCGACCAGAACAAUACUUCAGAAGUGGAGAUGAAAUCUCGUGAUGUUUCUUCGACUGUGUCAAUUCUCCAUGAGUCUGCAGAGGCUACUGCAACAUAGUGUUAUGUGAUUGUAAACAACUUUCCAGAAGUUGCUGCUAUUGACUCCAAUCUUGAUGCUUCAUUUGGUGAAGUUGUACACUGUUCCUCUAAGAUCAAUUUUUUUUUUUAGAGCAAUACAGUUGAAGAAACCUAUUGAGGCUUCUGUAGAGGUUACUGCACUCCAUGAUUUUGAUCAUACCCAUAAAUCUCUUAGUGCUGCUUCUGCAGAGGUUAACCUUCAUGGGUGUAGUGAACACUGUCUAUCUGAUUCAUUUGUAGAGGUACCUGGUUCUGUAGAAGAUGUGCUUGUUGGAGCUGAUUCUGGUGAGCAGGCUAUGGAUGAUAGUAGUUUGGCCACUAUAACAUCUGUCCUGGUGUAGGAUAAUUUGCAUACAAGAUUGUGAUCCCUGGGGAGACAGAGUAUUUACUUGUUUGUAGAGACUUCUUUUUAGCCUAUCAAUAUGUGAUGAAAUUGGCAUCUUGGAGUUUUGUGGCUGGUUUGUGAUUACCUAUUUGAGGCUUAUUUUGUGUUUUCCGCCACAUUGGUAAAAAUUGUGGAGGCCUAUAUAACUGAUAGGAAGCAUUGGACAAGCUCUAUGUUCUUAGUUGCUGGAGGCGACUAGGAAGCACAACCACGUUAAGGAGUGGCAGUUAUCUGUCAGUCUAGGGUGUCGUAACUAAACCACAGGCUGCACUUAACUCGUUCAAAGGUUCAAGGGAAAUCUUUAACUUAGGUUCUCUUGGCGUAAAGGCUAGUGCACUUUUUCAGUGAGGGCCAAUGCUUGAUAGCUGCUGAAAGAUAUGUUUGUUGAAACCUGUUAUGUUGAAGGGUUUGCUUCCAGUAAUCAUGGGCAUCACUUGAGUGACGAAUGGAAGGACAAUACCAAUGAAAAAAAGAGGGAUGAUACCAAAUAGAAAUACAUAAAUAGAAGAAGAAUGAGCUCUUUCUGUGUGGAGGACCCACUUAAUCCUUGACCAGCUAAUGGGGCUUAAUAAACUGUCCCUGAUCGAUAGCAGGGUCUUCUCAGGUGUUUUGUUUACAUGCUCGGAAUUGGCUAUUCUUGAAACAGGGGACACAUUUUCUGCCAUUUUUUAAACAGAAAGAAUUGUCAUUUUCCUUUGUUAGUAUUGUUUAAAAAACACUGGGACCUCAAAGUUGAACUUGAAUUCUGUUCUGGUAUGGAAAACACUUUGAUUUCAAUUGUCGUUGUUCCUUAAGGAGGUUCUUAUAUUUUUUUCUUUUUUUUCUUCUUUUUUUUAAUUUUUUAUUUACAGUAAAGGAUCCAGGUGCAAAGUUUUUUUAUAGCUUUGCGGGAUUAAGCUGUUGCAAUUGCAGAGGAUAUUUGUUCUGAUAAUAGAGAAACCGGCACUCAAAUGAUAGACUGCAUUCCUGGGCCAUGAUAAAAAGAAAAUGGAGUCAAUGAAGAAAAACAAUGGCCCAUAUGGAAGGUAUAGUUGACUUAGAUAAUGCUUUACUUUUAUAAUUUCGAGAAAAUUUAGGAGAACAAAAAAAGCUUUUGGGUGAAAUCCAAUUUUAAGGAGCAUGUUAUCCAUAUUUCUAGAAGUCAUUGGCAUUUUGUUUCUUGUAAUACAGUUCAUCUUUCGGUGACUGGAACCCUUAAUGAAAGAUCCGUUAACCUUUUUGUUGUGCUUGUUGAAGAACUACCUUUUCAAUGCUUCUUUGACCGGUGUUGGACAUCAUUGUGGUUGAAGGAAGGUGCCGCUUCUAUGUCCAACCGUUUUUCCACAGGGCCCACGAAUUGCACAUUUAGUGGAGGGGAUUUUGGCGUGGAAAACGCCAACCCACAUGGCUCUGGCGACCAACGCUCUUGGAUUUUGUCUCCUUUUGUGGACGAGAAAAGCUUGACUUAAAGGGUAGCUCUAUUUAGUAUUUGGUUUCACUCUCUAAGGUCCUUUUCUAUCACCUUGUUUCUCUCUCUCUCUCUCUAUUUGUUUAUCACUCGCUACAUUCCUUCACGUUUGUUUUCAUAAAUUUUUUAUCACCUUCUUUCUGUCUCUGUUGUAUUUGUUUCACUCA